AUCGACCAUAUCAUAUUAUACCAACAGAUUUGAAAUAAAGAAACAACAAAACAAAACAAAAUGACUCUCCACGAUCCCACCCUUUUAAUCGGCAAAAACUACAUCGACGGAAAGUGGCAGUCCUCCCUCUCCAACGCCACUUUUGAUGUGACUGACCCAUCAACAAACAAACCCAUCACCUCCUGCCCCGAAUCCACACCGCAAGAUCUUGAGCUCGCCAUCCAGGCCGCCGCAAAGGCCUUUACAACCUGGAAGCAAACCACCGGCCGAGAACGGUCGCGUCUUCUCCGCCGGUUUCACGACUUGGUUAUUGCGAAUAAGGAGGAUAUCGCGACGCUCAUCUCGUGGGAGAAUGGAAAGGCUUCGGCGGAUGCGAAGGGCGAGGUUCUCUUUGCUGCGAGCUUUCUCGAGUGGUAUGCUGAAGAGGCUGUGAGGAUUUAUGGGGAUGUCGUGCCGCAUAGUAAUGGCAGUCGGGUACAGGUGAUUAAACAGCCUGUUGGGGUUUGUGGGAUGAUUACUCCAUGGAACUAUCCCGCUGGAAUGAUCACCCGCAAAAUUGGCCCUGCCCUCGCAGCUGGAUGCACUGUCGUGGUCAAAUCGGAUGGCAACACGCCCUUGACCGCGAAUGCCCUUGUUGUUCUCGCCGAACGAGCCGGCAUCCCCAACGGCGUGAUCAACAUAGUGACCGCACUCGAAAACACCCCUCUCCUGGGGUUGAAAAUGUGCCAAUCGCCCAUUAUCCGCAAACUCUCGUUCACGGGGUCAACUCGCGUGGGCAAGAUCCUGGCCGAGCAGAGCGGGAGUUUGCUGAAGAAGCUCAGCUUGGAACUCGGCGGAAAUGCAUCGUUUAUCAUAUUCGACGAUGCGGAUAUCGAUAAUGCUGUGGCCGGGUUGAUUGCGAGUAAAUUCAAGGGAAGUGGUCAGACGUGUGUUUCUGCCAACCGUGUCUACGUACAGAGUGACAUCUACGAUGUGUUUCUGGAGAAGUUGGUUCGCAAAGUGCGAGACUUUAAAGUCGGUCCUGGAUUGGAUGCGCAGUCUACGAUGGGCCCAUUGAUCGGGCCUAAUGCUGUCGUUAAAGCCGUCGAGCAUAUCCAGGAUGCCGUACAGAAGGGUGCGGAGAUUGUGCACGGAGGUCAAUCUCGUGGAGGCAAUUUCAUCGAGCCGACUAUCCUCAAGAAUGCCAAUGACACGAUGAAAAUCACGACAGAGGAGACCUUUGCGCCGGUCGUGGCGUUGUUCCGAUUCAGCACUGAAGAGGAGGCGUUGAAGCGUGCGAAUGACUGCGACGUUGGCCUGGCUUCGUAUAUCUUCACGACGAAUAUCGAUCGGGCGAAUCGUGUCUCUGAGAAUUUGGAGACGGGAAUGGUGGCUAUCAAUACCGGUGUCAUUUCCGAUGCUGCUGCUCCAUUUGGAGGAGUCAAGCAUUCUGGAUUGGGUAGGGAAGGAGGAGUUUAUGGUAUUCAGGAAUAUCUUGAUUUGAAGACAAUUGUGACCGUCAAGGCGAAUCUGUAGUUUAUUUAAAUUAGAUGCGUGAAUGAAGCCAUUCAACUAUA